GGAACAGACACAGAGAGUUGAGAGAGAUACAGAACCGACAGAGGGCGAGGGAGGCAGCGAGAGAGAGAGAGAGAGAGCGAGCAUGGUGCUUUCUUGGGAGGUGGUGGAGACGUAGUGGAUGAGAUCUGGGAGAAUACAGAGGAUGAGUUAGUGAGACAGUAGUGGGGAAUCGUUUUGUGUGCGAGAGAGAAAGGGGGGGGGCAAUGGUUCAGAUCCGAGGAGCUGUGGAGUCUUUGACACUUUAGCAAAAGGAGAAGAGUGGUGCGACCAGACAGUCAGCUUUCUCCCCCUUCUCCUCUUCCUCCUCUUCCUCUUGUCCUGGGAUCUUCUGGAUCUUCAAUGUUUGUUGGAGAGCGUCCUAGUGUGUCCUCACCAGAAGACUGGCAUUGCACAGAUGUCUCCCAUACUGGCAGUGUCUGCGGUGUGAAGGUCUGAAGUGGAGCUGUCGCACGCACCCCGCCCAUCAUGUCCCAGCUUCUCCACGUGGAGAUUCCGAACUUCGGGGCCACGGUGUUGGGCUCCCUGAAUGAGCAAAGGAUUCUGGGACAUUACUGCGAUGUAUCCAUCCUGGUCAAAGGCCAGGCCUUCAAAGCCCACCGGGCGGUGCUGGCGGCCAGCAGCCUGUACUUCCGGGACCUCUUCAGCAGCUCGUCCAAGAGCCAGUUCGAGCUGCCCUCCUCGGUCACCCCCGCCUGCUUCGAGCAGAUCCUCUCCUUCUGCUACACGGGGAGGCUCACCAUGGCGGCCAGCGAGCAGCUGGUGGUCAUGUACACCGCCGGCUACCUCCAGAUCCAGCACAUCGUGGAGCGCGGCAUGGACCUGCUGUUCAAGGCCAACUCGCCCCACUGCGACUCCCAGACCACAGGGCCCCUGGAGGAGACGGGCUCCGAGCCCCAGAGCCCCAACAACCACCACCACCACCCGCACCACCUUCACCACCAACACCACGGCAGCAACAACAACAACAACGGGAGCAACGCCAGCAGCUUAGCGGCCGCCGCGCUCUUGGGCGUCCACGGCUGGCCGGCUUCCAUCCUGCAGCAGCGCAAGAUCAAACAGGAAGGGGCGGAGCAGGCGUCGCUGAGCGUCACGCCGGCCGCCGGGACGCCGGGCAAGACCUCGUCGUCGUCGUCCGCGUCGGCGGCGGCGACGUCGGCGGCCGAGCUGAGCCGCCUGGCGCGCGUCAACUCGUUGUUCUACACAACGGUGGGCGGGACCACCGUGUUCCCCGGGCUGCCGCCGUACCACCUCACCCCAGGUGCAGGAGGAGGAGGAGGAGGAGGAGGAGGAGGAGGAGGAGGAGGAGGUGGUGGAGGAGCAGAGAGGUCCAGUCCGGGCGCGUCCAGCCUGCCGACCACGGACAGCCCCACGUCCUACCAGAACGAGGACGAGGAGUUUGAGGAGGAGCCCUACGAGGCCAUCUCGGAGGACGCCUACGGCCAGAUGUACACACGCGCCGCCAACCCCUACGGACUCCAGGACAAGGCGGAGAUGUCGGGGGUCCCUCUGUCCCUGGAGAGCCGCAACUGUGUCCUGAUCCGGAGAGACCUGGUGGCCCUGCCCGCCAGCCUCAUCAGCCAGAUCGGGUACCGCUGCCACCCCAAGCUCUACACCGAGGGGGACCCUGGGGAGAAGCUGGAGCUGGUCGCUGGCACCCAGGUGUUCAUGACACGGGGUCAGCUGAUGAACUGUCACCUGUGUGCCGGGAUCAAACACAAGGUCCUGCUCCGUCGCCUGCUGGCCACCUUCUUUGACAGGAACACCUUGGCCAACAGCUGUGGUACAGGCAUCCGCUCCUCCACUAGUGACCCCAGUCGGAAACCGCUCGACAGCCGAGUGCUCAACGCCGUCAAGCUGUACUGCCAGAACUUCAACCCCAACUUCAAGGAGAGUGAGAUGAACGUGAUCGCGGCCGACAUGUGCACCAACGCCCGGCGCGUCCGCAAGCGCUGGCUGCCCAAGAUCAAGUCCAUGCUCCCCGACGGCAUGGAGGUGUACCGGGCCGGCCUGGGGGGCAUGGGGGCCGUGGUGGGCCUGGGCCUGGUGGGCCUGGGAGCCCCGGCCCCGGCCGCCACCGCCGCCUCCGUCGGCCUCCCCUUCGAGGGCGACUUCAAGGGCAUGGAGCACAGGCUGUUCCCCGACCGCAAGGAGCCGCUCAGGACUCAGCCGCUGCUGGGCGAGGGCAGCCCGGCCAGGCCCAUGGAGGCAGACGAAGGGGUGGAGAAUGGAGGAGGAGGAGGAGGAGCGGGGGAGGAGCUAGAGGAGGAGGAGGAGGGGGAGGCAGGGCUGGAGGAGGGCAUGGAUCAUCACGUGUCACUGGCGCCAGGGGGGCAGGGGGACUCCCCCCCCGGACAGGAAAGGGAAGAGUUCGGGGAGGACCUUAGGUUGAACGGACAGUGAAUGUCGCCCAAU